AUGUUUCCCACCGGCUGCUUUGAGGAAGAACACAGUGUCGGUAAGCCGCUGGUGAAGAUGGUGGAGUCGCCCUCCGCUGUUCCCGAGAGAGGCAUUUAUGGAUUUGUUCAGUUUCUUGGCGCAGAGUUUGCCUUCAUUCUCUAUUGUGUGUGGGCAUUUGUGCCGGAGGAGUGGCUGCAUUCUAUUGGCCUGACUUACUGGCCCCAAAAGUACUGGGUACUUGCUGCUCCCAUCUAUUUCCUUGUUGGACUUGUGGUGUGUCUGGUCGUGCUGUUUGGAGUGAACAUGAACAACACUGCUCCUCUGGACUCUGUGGACAACAUCACAGAUGUGUUCGCCCAAAGUCAGAAAGCAGAGACCUGUGAGAAGGGAGGAGUGCCCAGACUGAAGGAUGUUUUCAUUAGUGACGUGAAUGAAAGUGUGGUGUCCCCGGAGCAGGACAUGGCGGUGCCUCUGCCCAUGCUGCUCGCCGCCUACGACGCGAUCAUCGACAGUGACGAGGACAUGUCGAGCUGCUUUGAUGAUUUCGAGGAUGACUCUUUGUUUAACCUGUUCCACCUCAGCAGACCCUGCCUCAUGUUCAUCGCUGACUCUGUCCGUGCCCGAAUAGGAAACAUUAGGUCCAAAUACCCGCAGUUUUCUGUCGAUGAGCUGGUGAUGGUCACACUGAACUAUUACGCACACGGCAUCUCCUCCACAUCCCUCCUGACCAAACUGGGGCUCACCCACACCCAGUGCCCGGCCAUCAUCAGCCUGGUGUCCGAGACCCUCUCGGGGAUGACCGACAAGUUUGUGUCUUUCCCUGAGACCCCAGAAGCCAAAGCCACAGUGGCCUCCACCAUAGAGCGGCUGUGCGGCAUCCCCGAGGUCCUGGGCAUCGUGGCCGUGCCGCACUUUCGGGUGCGCGUCUCUCCGUACGAUAAAGAUGACUACCGGGCCUUCUUCGGGCCGCCUGGGUACACCGCAGUGGCCUGUCAGAUCAUCUGCGACUCUGACGGGAACGUCCUGUGUGUGGACCAGUGCGGGGUGGGCAGCCUGUCCGAGCUGGACCUGUGGGAGUCCUCUGCCAAAGGGAGACAGAUAGAGGCAGGAGAGUACGGGCCGUACUGGUUCAUUGCUGGAAAAGGCCAUCGCCAGAGCAAACAUGUGUUGACCUGUUUGGCCAGUCCAUCCUCUGAGAGUGAGGUCCGCUUCAAUGAGGCUCAUGCCAAGAUCCUGGGUCUGAUGUGGACCACGCUCAGCUGCCUCACCACACGCUUCAAGGUGCUGCAGCAGCUCGGCUUUGCCAAAGAAAACUGUCUGGACCCAAAGGCAAAUAUCAUCAGAGCGUGUUGUGUACUUCACAACAUCGCUAAGAAGUUCUCAGUGCCGCCGUUACUGUCGGGGUUUGAACCUGUGUAUCCAGAAAAACCUCACUCUGGACUUACAGAGGUCAACAACGAAGCUCUGACUGCGAGACAAGAACUCAUCCAGAGAGUCUUCUCUGCUUGA